CUGAGUGGGUCUCGGCAGGAGGCGGUAUCCACUGGGGACAUGUGUGAGGGAGGCGAAGUACGAAGACACCUGCGGCUGACUGCGCACAGGUAGAAUUCUCUGCUACCAGUGAUGUUCAGAUAAACUUCAGUGAAAUGACUCUUCAGGAAUUGGUGCAUCAGGCUGCCUCCCGUUAUUCGGAUAAAAUAGCUGUAUGUUUUGAUGAAUGUAACAACCAGCCUCCAGUUUAUUACACCUACAAGACUGUGGUUAACGCUGCUUCAGAAUUAUCAAAUUUUCUGCUGUUACAUUGUGACUUUCAAGGAAUUCGGGAAAUUGGUCUGUACUGCCAUCCUGGGAUAAACUUACCCUCUUGGAUUUUAGGAAUUCUCCAAGUCCCGGCUGCUUAUGCACCUAUUGAUCCAGAUUCACCACCAGCAUUAUCAAUUCAUUUUAUGAAAAAAUGUAAUCUAAAGUAUAUCCUUGUUGAAAAACAGCAAAUUAAUAAAUUCAAAUCUUCCUAUGAAACAUUAUUGAACUAUGAUGUGUUUACAGUAGAACAUAAUGACCUAGUACUCUUCAGACUUCACUGGAAAAAUGUUGAGGUGAGCUUGAUGCUAAAUAAUAGCAUAAGAAGAGAGACAUAUGAAAAAGAAAAAAUGACAAAGAGCAUGAAUUCUGAGAACAGCAGUGAAGAAAAGUCAGAAGAGCACAUGGAUGUGAGGCUAAAGCAUUGCUUGGCCUAUGUUCUCCAUACAUCAGGCACCACGGGGAUACCUAAGAUUGUCAGAGUCCCUCAUGCAUGUAUAGUGCCAAACAUCCAGCACUUCCGGGUGCUUUUUGAGAUCACUCAAGAAGAUGUUUUGUUUCUGGCGUCACCUCUGACCUUUGAUCCUUCUGUUGUGGAAAUAUUUGUUGCUCUAUCAAGUGGUGCCUCUCUGCUUAUUGUACCAACUUCUGUCAAAGUGCUCCCGUCAAAAUUAGCUGCUGUUCUCUUUUCCCAUCACAGAGUGACUAUUUUACAGGCAACACCGACAUUGCUUAGAAGAUUUGGAUCUCAGCGUAUCAAGUCAACUGUUUUAUCAACCAAUACUUCUCUUCGAGUAUUGGCCCUUGGUGGCGAAGCAUUUCCAUCAUUAACUGUUCUCAAAAGCUGGAGAGGAAUAGGCAAUAAAACACAAAUAUUUAAUGUUUAUGGUAUCACAGAGGUAUCAAGUUGGGCGACUUUUUACAGGAUACCAGAGAAAAUUCUUAACUCUACUUUGAAAUGUGAAUUGCCUGUACAACUGGGAUUUCCACUGCUUGGAACAGUAGUUGAAGUCAAAGAUACUAAUGGUUUCACAGUUCAAGAAGGCAAUGGCCAAGUAUUUUUAGGUGGCCGAAAUAGAGUAUGUUUUCUUGAUGAUGAAAUGACAGUACCACUUGGCACAAUGAGGGCCACAGGAGACUUUGUGACUAUAAAAGAUGGAGAGAUAUUUUUCUUGGGACGAAAGGACAGUCAGAUCAAACGUCAUGGCAAACGUCUUAACAUUGAACUUGUGCAACAGGUUGCUGAAGGUCUUCAACAAGUGGAGUCUUGUGCAGUUACAUGGUAUAAUCAGGAAAAAUUAAUUUUGUUCAUGGUGUCCAAAAAUGAUUUAGUAAAGGAUUACAUCUUUAAAGAACUGCAGAAACAUCUUCCAAGUCAUGCAAUCCCGGAUGAGCUUGUGUUGAUUGAUUCUCUACCAUUUACAUCUCAUGGCAAAAUUGAUGUUUCUGAGUUAAAUAAGAUUUAUUUAAACUCCAUAGACUUGAAGUCUGAGUGUAAACUCAAUGGAAAAGAGGAACUUUGGGAAAAAUUACAUCAUUUGUGGAAGUCUGUUCUGAGUCUCUCAGAAGACCCUUUGAAGGUUCCUGAUGAGUCACUCUUCUUAAAUAGUGGUGGAGAUUCUUUGAAGUCCAUACGGCUCCUCAAUGAGAUUGAAAACCUUGUUGGCACAUCAGUACCUGGGCUUCUGGAAAUUAUUCUUAGCAGUUCUAUUUUAGAGAUUUACAAUCACAUCCUUCAAACAGUGUUUCCAGAUGAAGAUCUGACAUUUAGCAAGAAUUAUGCCACAAAAAGAAAAUACAGCGAUGUUAAUCAAGAGGAAACCAGUGGAAAAUCUUUACAUCAGGAAUCUGUCAUGCCUUUAAAUUGUGACAGCGAGAUCAAUGCUUUUAUUGCACUGAGCCGAGGGAGUCAGAUUUUGUCUCUGAAUACUACUAGGUUUUUAACUAAGUUGGAACAUUGCCCUUCAGCCUAUUCUUCUGAUUUAAUUUCACAGACUAACAUUCAAAAUAUGAAAAGCUUAAAUCCUCCAGCUCUUAUUGGGAAGUCAAAAGAUACGUCCUGUGUUGCAGUAGUUUCUGAAGAGGAAACAUCUGUGAUGGGGGCUGAAAAAAUGGAGUUUCAUGUGAGGUGGAGGUCAGACACAGGCAAAUGUGUGGAUGCUUCACCUCUGGUUGUAAUACCAGCUGUUGAUAAGUCAUCUGCGACUGUGUACAUUGGCUCCCAUUCUCAUAGAAUGAUGGCAGUUGAUCUUUACUCUGGAAAGGUGAAAUGGGAACAGAUUUUGGGAGAUCGCAUUGAAUCCUCAGCAUGUGUAUCUAAGUGUGGAAACUUUAUUGUAGUGGGCUGUUACAAUGGGUUGGUUUAUAUUCUGAAGAGUAAUAGUGGAGAAAAAUACUGGAUGUUUACUACUGAGGAUGCUGUCAAAAGCUCAGCAACUGUGGAUCCAACCACAGGACUUUUUUACAUUGGCUCUCAUGACCAGCAUGCAUAUGCUUUAGAUAUAUAUAAAAAGAAGUGUGUUUGGAAGUUGAAAUGCGGAGGAACUGUUUUUUCUUCUCCUUGUUUGAGCCUGAUUCCAUAUCACUUGUAUUUUGCUACACUGGGAGGACUUUUACUGGCUAUAAAUCCUGCCACUGGGAAGAGAGUUUGGAAACAUUCCUGUGGAAAGCCACUCUUUUCUUCUCCACGGUGUUGCCUACAGUAUAUUUGUAUUGGCUGUGUAGAUGGGAAUUUUCUCUGCUUUACUCACUUUGGAGAACAGAUUUGGCAGUUCUCUACCAAUGAACCAAUCUUUUCAUCCCCAUGUACCUCAGCAUCAGAGCAAGAAAUAUUUUUUGGUUCCCAUGAUUGCUUUAUCUACUGUUGUAGUAUGAAAGGUCACCUCCAAUGGAAAUUUGAAACUACUUCAAGGGUGUAUUCAACACCAUUUGCUUUCCAUAACCACAACCGUGGCAAUGAAAUGUUGCUGGCAGCAGCAUCUACUGAUGGGAAGCUAUGGAUCUUGGAAUCUAAGAGUGGAGAGUUGCAAAGUGUGUAUCAACUUCCUGGAGAAGUUUUCUCUUCUCCUGUGGUCUGGGAAUCAAUGCUUAUUAUUGGAUGUAGAAAUAAUUAUGUUUAUUGUCUGGAUUUAUUGGGUGGCAAUCAAAGAUAAUGAAGUACAGUCCUUGCUAGAAUAUAUCUGUGAGAUGUUUGAAAAUAUUUUACAUUAUGGAGCAUGUGGAUAGUCUUAUUUUAUGUUAAAGAUUAUAUUUUGUUUAAGAAACUUGUCUAUUACACUUUAUUGGAAAACAACCGUAUUUUACUUCCUAUAGGAGCAACAAAUGCUUUUAAAAGGAAUUAUAGAACAAAACACAUCAAUAUGUUAAGUGGCAGUUUCUUUUAAUUAGGCUACAGAUGUUCUACUUGGUUUUUUUAUAAAAGACUUCUGGAAAAAAAGAUCAGAAUAUACUUGGUGGGUUAAAAAAUUAGUCUGUGAUAUAAUACACCAUUCACUCAUUUAUACUGAGAUUCAUAA